UUUUUUUUUUUGUUUAAUAAUCAAGAGAAAAAAAACACAACUAAUUUAAUUAUUUAUUAUUUAAGAUUGAAAUUUGGCGUCGUUCUGACAUCGAACCUUUAGUUGAUCCACCUGGUGGCAUUUUUAAACAUGAUAAAUCAUUUCGAAAUUAUUUUCUUACAUUAAUUUUAAAUACAAUGAAUAUUAUUUUAAAAAAAGAUUUUUUUUAUAAACAUAUUGUUGAACAAAGAUAUCGUUUAAAGAAUGAAUAUAUUAUAAAACUUUAUCAAAUUUUUUAUUCUUAUUCGAUAUUUGAUUUAUCAAUUUUGUCUAACAAUAAUUAUAAUAAUGAUAGACAAUUUGAAAAUUUAAAUAAAACAAGACAAACAACAUCGAAAUAUCUUCAAUUUAUGGGCAAAUUUAUCGAAACAUUUACUAAUAAUCGAUCAAAAUCUAUUUCACAUAGAUAA